AUGGCGGCGGCCACCAUCGUGCACGACACGUCGGAGGCGGUGGAGCUGUGCCCGCCCUACGGGCUGUACCUGAAGCCAAUCACCAAGAUGACCAUCAGCGUGGCGCUGCCGCAGCUGAAGCAGCCGGGCAAGUCCAUCUCCAACUGGGAGGUGAUGGAGCGGCUCAAGGCCAUGGUCCAGCAGCACCAGUUCUCCACGCUGCGCAUCGCCAAGAGCACCAUGGACUUCAUCCGCUUCGAGGGCGAGGUGGAGAACCGCGGCCUGGUCAAGGCCUUCCUGGCCUGCCUGGACGGCAAGACCAUCAAGCUCAGCGGCUUCUCGGACAUCCUGCGGGUGCGGGCCGCCGAGUUCAAGAUCGACUUCCCCACGCGCCACGACUGGGACUCCUUCUUCCGCGACGCCAAGGACAUGAACGAGACGCUGCCCGGCGAGCGGCCCGACACCAUCCACCUCGAGGGGCUGCCCUGCAAGUGGUUCGCGGCCCGCGAGCCGGGCGCCGAGAAGCCCAGCGAGCGCGUGCUGGUGCAGGUCUUCGAGAAGUUCGGCGCCAUCCGCCACGUGGACAUCCCCAUGCUGGACCCCUACCGCGAGGAGAUGACCGGCCGCAGCUUCCACACCUUCAGCUUCGGCGGCCACCUCAACUUCGAGGCCUACAUCCAGUACUGCGAGUACGCCGGCUUCAUCCAGGCCAUGAGCGCCCUGCGCUGCAUGAAGCUCAUGUACAAGGGCGAGGACGGCAAGAGCUCGCGCUGCAACAUCAAGGUGUCGUUCGACUCCACGAAGCACCUGAGCGACGCGUCCAUCAAGAAGCGGCAGCUGGAGCGGCAGAAGCUGCAGGAGCUGGAGCAGCAGCGCGAGGAGCAGAAGCGCCGCGAGAAGGAGGCCGAGGAGCGCCGGCGCGCCCAGGAGACGAAGCAGAAGGAGCUGCAGGAGCAGGAGCGCGAGCGGCGGCGCGAGGAGAAGCUGCGGCGGCGGGAGCAGCGGCAGCGGCAGCGCGAGCAGCGGCGCAGCCAGAAGCAGCUGGACCGGCUGCAGGCGCGCGAGCAGCGGCAGCUGCACGAGCGCAUCCGCCUGGAGGAGCGGAAGCUGCUGCUGGCCCAGCGCAACCUGCAGUCCAUCCGCCUCGUGGCCGAGCUGCUCAGCCGCGCCAAGGCGGCGAAGCAGCAGGAGCAGGAGCGGCGCGACGAGCAGCAGCGGCGGCAGCAGCUGGAGGAGCGGCGGCGCGUGCAGGCGGCCGAGCUGCGGCGCGUGGAGGAGGAGAAGGAGCGCGCGCUGGGCCUGCAGCGGCGGGAGCGCGAGCUGCGGGGCCGCCUGCUGUCCAUCCUGCUCAGCAAGCAGGCGGCCGACCCCCAGGGGCCCGCCGCCGAGCUGGGCGCCGCGCACGCCGACCUGCUGCUGCGGCCCGUGCUGGACAUCCUGCACAGCGUCACGCGCGCUGGACACGCGCACGCCCACGCCCGCAGCGCGCACGCCGACGCCACCGGCGCCCAGCCCGCGGGGGGCGCGCCGGGGACCCCCGCCGAGAAGCGCGGCCCCGGGGUGCUGGCCUGCAUCCCGCACAACGCGCCCCCGCCGCCGCCGCCCCCCAAGCCCGCGCCCCCCGCCGCCGCGGGGGACCCCGAGCCGGGCGCGCCGGGCGGAGACGCGCGCGCCUCCAAUGCGGCCGCCCUCGAGCAAGACAAAUGCAACCGGGAGCCCAGCCCGGGGGCGGCCCGGCGGGGUGGCAGCGGCGGCGGGGGGGACCCCCGGGACGCGCCCGCCGCCGCGAAGGCGCCCACCCCCGAGCCGCCCCGCGCGCGCAGCCGGGCGCGCCACCCCGGGGCGCACAAGGAGCGGCGCGCGCACAAGAAGCGCUCGCGGGCCGGCAGCAGCCCGCGCCGCCGCCGGGGCCGCCGCGGGGGUCGCGGCAGCGCCAGCCCCGAGCCAACGGCGCCGCCGCCCCCCGCGGCCCAGCCCCGCGCGCGCCGCGGCUCCCGCUCCCGCUCGCGCUCGCGCUCCCGCAGCAGCGCCGGGGAGCGCCGGGCGCGUCGCGCGCGCGGCAGCCGGGACCGGGGCAGCCGCCACCGGCGCGGGGACCGCUCGCGCUCGGGCUCCGCCGGGCGCCACCGCAGCACCUGGAACCGGUAA